UAUUCAGUCAAGCGGAAACAACUUCCUGGUUGUCAAACAUGGCGGGUGUGUGGAUACUGACUGUCAUCGUUUUCACAUCGGCUUGCUGGAUACAGGUUAUCAUUGGUUCCUGUUCCCGGGGAACAUUCGGAGAUUCGUGUAGCUACACCUGUCACUGUGGACGGUCCUGUAACCAGACAACUGGUGUUUGUGGAGGUGUCUGUGAUAGAGGCUGGGUUGGAGGAAAUGGGGGAACCUGCCAGAAAGAAAACGUUGCCUUAGGAAAAGACGCCUCAUCCCCUACUGCACUGUGGUCAUCUGUCUGGACUGCAGACAAAGCUGUAGAUGGGAACUCUAACCAGGAUGUGUACCGACACUCCUGUUUCAACUCUGAGGACAACGUUAUGAGUUCGUGGACAGUGGAUCUGGGAGACGACUACAGGAUACAUGAUGUCAGGAUAUAUCAUCAGAAACUUCAUCUUGCUCGAAUUCGCACGGCUGCACUCUACCUGAGCAACACCAGCAAUACAACCAGUGUUCCCUGCUACACCUUCCCGUCCAACACAUCAGUCAUUGGCAACGGUAUCUACGAUAUUGUCUGUGAUGGAAUAGGGAGAUACUUCACCAUCACUGAUCCCACGCACUUGAAUCUGUGUGAAGUAGAAAUUUAUGUUUGCAGUCCAGGAGUCUUCGGGGUUAGCUGCAAUCAGUUCUGCCAUUGCCUCCAAGCAGCAUGUGACCCAGUCAGUGGUGUGUGUCCUGGAGACUGUAGACCAGGGUGGCAGGGAGACAGGUGUGAUACAGAAUGUGACGCUGAUUACUAUGGAGUCAACUGUCUGAACAUAUGUACUAACAGGAAAUGUUCUGAUGUCAGCUCGUCAUGUGAUCGCUACAAUGGAUCAUGUGACAAGGGAUGUCUCCCUGGAUGGAGAGGUGUGGACUGUACACAAGAAUGUUACAAUGGAACCUAUGGAGCUGACUGCAACAUGACUUGUUCAGAAAGAAAAUGUGCAGGAGACUCGUCUUGCGAUCAUGUGAGAGGAACAUGCACAUCUGGAUGCGUAUCGGGAUGGAAGGGUGGAGACUGUACCACGGCCUGUGACAGCCAACAUUACGGAGCUAACUGUGACAAGACAUGUGCCUCCAGACACUGUGUGGGGAAGUCUUCCUGUAACUCAACAGGGCACUGUGACAAAGGAUGUGAGACAGGGUGGACACUGGACGAUUGCACAGCAUCUUUACCUCAGCAAAACAACCCAGUCGGGGGUGAGGAAAUACUUAUACCUGCAGUGACAGUGACAACAAUUGUUGUCUUGGUAGUUGCAGGGGCUGCCGUUGGUGUUGUUAUCUUGAGAAGGAGACGAAGACUAUCACCGCAGGAAUCUGAUUCACAUGAUUACUACAACACAAGUCAUCUGUCAAAGGUUCCAACAAAACAAUCAAGAGACAACGACGAAACUCAACUUGAAGCCCGAACAUACGAUGGCCUCAGUGUCAUGUCACGUGAAAUCCAGGGACCAGAAGAGACAUAUUGCACACUCAACACAGAGAAGCCAUAUCUGGAGGGUGAGGAAUCUGGUGAAGUGGCUGAAACGACAGAUCGGGAUAUAUACAUGCCAACAGAACCACGGACGUAUGAAACACUUGACAGCACAUCACGUGACAUGACUGGUGAAUAUAGUGAAUUGGGCAAGAUUGCCUAACUCUAGUGACGCUACUUAACAAGUUCACUCUCUAACUAACACUUUAUCUGGGACGUUUGAUAUUGCCGACAAGGAAUGGAUCCAAGCUGGGGGAAGAUAACUAUUUGAGUGAGUGUGUAAGUAUGAUUUUACGCCGCUUUUAGCAAUAUUCCAGCAAUAUCACGGCGGAGGA